AUGAGCUUUGAACUUGUGACGUCGUAUAAACGGUCGUUGCUACGUCCGCUCGUUGUGCCUGCCGGCGAUCUUCUACAAGAUUCAACAAAUCUGUAUCUAGACCCACAAUCUUUUCAGUCCCAGUCAUGGCGCGCCUCGACACACAUUUUCUCCGGAACUGAUGACCGCGACGAGUCUACCGCAUGGCCGCCGACUAAUUUCAGAGAUGAUCCAGCAAGGAUUCCCAACGAUGAAGCACACGACAUACCAUACGAUGCGUCGAGCCUCAAAGCCAGAAACGAGGGAAAUUUCAAGUUGUACGCCGACCAAGCAAAGAAUUCGGAGGCUUCAAAGGUGCCGCCACCUAGACUGGUCGCCAAGCGAUACCUUCCAACAGACCAAGCAAAUGAUUCGGAACAAGGCAUCACGCUGCUUAUCUUGACGGGGAUGGGAGCGCCCAAGGAGGCAAGGACCACGACUCUAAAGUUGCUCGAGCGUGCGGUAACUGACUUUCAAGUAGAAGAGGCUUGGGCCGUGGAUAUGCCUCUCAGCGGAGAGACAGCCAAAGUCAACCCCAUCGGCUACCUCUACGCCAACGAGAAAGAUGUUGCUCGAGACCUUCUGCUCUUCAUCACGGCCUACCUCCCGGUAUGCCCUGGACAAACCCUUCCGCAGCAUCUCGAAGCUCGCAGACCAACAUCCCAACCCCGUCAGACCACGCGACAAAACCUCCACGUCGUUGCACACAGCCUCGGCGCUCAAUCUGCCAUCCUUGCAUCCGUUCAUGCCCCAAAAAUAUUCAGCAGUCUGACCGUGAUCGACCCAGCCAUGAUUCCUGCUGGCAAGAUUAACGAUGCCAUGGCCAAGCUUCCCAAAGAGACUCUUUGCCUCGGCCUUUCAGAGCGAUAUCCCGAUCGUGCGUCGGUCGAAAAGGAGCUACGCGCAAACAAGCGCACUCGGUGUUGGGACGAGCGGGUGGUGCGGAUUUUCGCGCAGCAUGGCGUGAUGCCGGACAGGAGCGGCAGAGGGUUCCAGCUGGUUGCUCGCCCACGCCUUGAGUGGGCGCUGUACUACGACAAACAGACGCCUGCCGAAUGCUACGAUCGUUUGACGGACAUCAGCGUUCCUUUACAUGCGAUCAUGCCCGCGAGACCUUUUGCCGUGCCGCCGAAGAUGUUUGAGGCCGAUGUGCGGAAGAUGAAACAGCAAACCGAGGUGCGGUGGUUACAAGGGACAACGCAUCAAAUCGUGUACGAGAAGAUAGAUGCGUGCACAAUGUUUGUGGCAGACUGGUUGAUUAAGCUGACUGGCGAGAAAAGGGCUCGCUUGUGA